UCCUCCCACACUGGAAUACAUCAUCAGUGAAGCUCCUCCCACUGCAAAAACAUCAUCAGUGAAGCUCCUCCCACUGCAAUAACAUCAUCAGUGAAGCUCCUCCCACUGCAAUCACAUCAUCAGUGAAGCUCCUCCCACUGCACUCAUGUCAUCAGUGAAGCUCCUCCCACUGUAAUUCCCCAAUAAAUGCUGUAAAUUCCCAUCAGCUACAAGUGAGGACGAGCAUCAGAGCAUCAGGAAGAGCCGAAAUCUGCAAAGACUGAGUUUAUUAAAGAGGACAGUGAGAACAAGAGUGAUCCAGAACCCUGGAGAAUGAAACACACUGAAGAUCCUGAAGAACAAAGAGACCUGAUGGAAGAGAGCAAGGAGAGAGAAGAACUGAAUGAAGUGGAGGAGGAACAUCAUGUCCAACCUGGAGAAAAACCUUUGAGUCGCUCAAAGACUAAAAAUAAAUUUUUAAAGAAAAUAAGAGCCAAGAAAUCUUUCACCUGCACUCAGUGUGGAAACAGUUUAACAAGCAAACAAUGUCUUGAGCGUCACAUGAUGAUCCACACCGGACAGAAGCCGUUCUCAUGUGAUCAAUGCGGGAAGAGUUUCAGUCGAUCAUCACACCUUAAUGCUCACAUGAUGAUCCACACCGGACAGAAGCCGUUCUCAUGUGAUCAGUGUGGGAAGAGUUUCAGUCAAUCAUCAUCCCUUAAUGCUCACAUGAUGAUCCACACCGGACAGAAGCCGUUCUCAUGUGAUCAAUGCGGGAAGAGUUUCAGUCAAUUAUCACACCUUAAUGCUCACAUGAUGAUCCACACCGGAGAGAAGACGUUCACAUGUGAUCAGUGCGGCAAAACAUUUCUUAGUGCAUCAUACCUGAAGAAACACCUGAGAGUUCAUACGAAGGAGAAGCCGCAUUCAUGUUCUGUGUGUGGAAAGAGUUUUUCACUGCGGCAACAUUUACAUGGACAUCAGAAAACUCAUACUGGUGUGAGAGAGUACAUGUGCUUUGAGUGUGAGAAGACUUUUACUACAGCACACCAGUUAAAAGUGCACCAGAGAAUUCACACUGGAGAAAAACCUUACAAGUGUUCACACUGUGAUAAGAGAUUCAGUCACUCAUCAUAUCUGAAAACACAUGAGAGGAUCCACAGCGGAGAGAAGACGCACACGUGUGAUCAAUGUGGAAAGAGUUUCUCUUUUAAAACUUACCUGAAGCGACACAUGAGAGUUCACACUGGAGAGAAGCCGCAUGUAUGCCAUCAAUGUGGAAACAAUUUCACAUACAAACAGUCUCUUAAAGAACACAUGAGGAUCCACACCGGAGAGAAGCCGUUCACAUGUGAUCAGUGUGGGAAAACAUUUCUUAGUGAAUCAACCCUGAAGGCACACCUGAGAGUUCAUACGAAGGAGAAGCCGUAUUCAUGUUCUGUGUGUGGAAAGAGUUUUUCACUGCGGCAACAUUUACAUAGACAUGAGAAAACUCACACUGGUGUGAGAGAGUACAUGUGCUUUGAGUGUGAGAAGACUUUUAUUACAGAAGACGGUUUAAAACUGCACCAGAGAAUUCACACUGGAGAAAAACCUUACAAGUGUUCACACUGUGACAAGAGAUUUAGUCUGUCUGCACAUCUGAAAAGACAUGAGAGGAUCCACACUGGAGAAAAACCUUACAAGUGUUCACACUGUGACAAGAGAUUCAGUCGUUUAGAACUUCUGAAACAACACGAGAGGAUCCACACUGGAGAAAAACCUUACAAGUGUUCACACUGCGACAAGAGAUUCAGUCGUUUAGAACAUCUGAAAAAACAUGAGAUGAUCCACAGCGGAGAGAAGCUGCACACGUCACGUGUGAUCAGUGCGAAAUGA